GUGUUUUUUGAUAUUACAGUCGGAGGUCAUGAGGUGGGGCGGAUCGUCAUUGGCCUUUUUGGGGAGGUCGUCCCACUCACUGUCAAUAACUUUGUCGCCCUAGCAACCGGAGAGAAAGGCUAUGGCUACAAAGAGACAAAGUUCCACAGAGUCAUCAAGGACUUCAUGAUCCAGGGAGGAGACUUCACAGCUGGAGAUGGAACUGGAGGUCACAGCAUCUACGGAACAACUUUUGCCGAUGAAAACUUCAAACUGAAGCAUUUGGGAACAGGCUGGGUGAGUAUGGCGAACGCGGGUCCAGACACCAACGGAUCGCAGUUCUUCAUCCUGGCUACUAAAGCACCGUGGCUGGAUGGGAAACACGUGGUUUUUGGCAAAGUCCUGGACGGGAUGGUGGGUGGCCCCUCUAACUCUUUUCAUAAAUUGGCUGCAUGCAAUCUGAAAAGGAUUUUCUUUUGCG